GUAUUGAAGGUUGUUAUCGGACACGAUAGGUUAUCGCAUUUGCUGUUUAUCCAUCGAUGCAUUUUAAUUUGUCGUAAGCUGGAAGAUAUUUAGUUAUUCAGAAGUUUAUAGCAUAUAUAAUAAGAACAGGAUGCCAGAAACUGAACACUUACCAGAGGGCUGGGAAAAGCGCACCAGCCGUUCAACCGGCAUGAGCUAUUAUCUCAACGUGCACACAAAGGAGUCCCAGUGGGAUCAGCCAACCGAGCCGGCCAAAAAGUCCGGCGGCAAUGGCUCCUCGUCCGAUUCACCCAGCGAGGUGCAAUGCCUCCAUUUGCUGGUCAAACACAAGGGUAGCCGCCGGCCCAGUUCCUGGCGCGAAGAGAACAUUACACGCACCAAAGAAGAGGCCCAAAUGCUGCUCGAGAUCUAUCGCAACAAAAUUGUUAACAGCGAGGCGACAUUCGAGGAACUAGCACGUUCCUAUUCCGACUGCAGCUCGGCUAAGCGAGGCGGCGACUUGGGCAAAUUUGGAAGAGGUCAAAUGCAAGCGCCCUUUGAGAAGGCAGCCUUCGCUUUGAAGGUGGGACAACUAUCGGACAUUGUGGACACAGACUCCGGCCUGCACAUCAUUAUACGCAAAUCAUAGACCGAAUCAGCUGAUGAUAUAUAGAGAAAACUGCAUUAACUCAUUAGAAAUAAAACGAAAUUAAAGCGCUUCAAUGAAAAUACCUUUCAACAUUAUUUGUCUUCGCACUGCCUGAGAAUCUCUUAGGAUCCCAUUCAAAUCGUUAGUUCUUGCUCUGCUAAUAACUGUUCUGCCUGUUCGUAAAUACAAAACUAUAUAAAUAUAACUACAUAAAAUCGUCGAGAUU